GCUUCUGGUGUUCAGUCCGCGACUUAAUUCUUAAUGGAAAAUUCACCUACCAGCCGCAAACCAUGGAAGAAAAAUCUGUACGAAAACCAAGACUACGCGGACAACUACACAGAUCCAUCGUUUCUGAAGGACAUGAAAACCAACAUCAACCUGCGGCCGUACACCGCCAUCGAAGUGUUCACCGGUGCAACUAGGCUCAGCCAGCAAAUUUCGGUCGUAACCGUUUUCCUGGUUGUAUUCCAUCACCUCUAUACCGACCGCAUCGGACCGAAAACGAUCUUCUCCGAGUGUGCCGCCGGAACGAUCGUCGGGUACUUUAUCUACGCCGGCCGGGAAAUACAGCUGACCAAGUUCGUCGAGGACUCCAAAACGGCCAUCGCUGUGCUGGUGUUUGGAUUCAUCUUUUCACCGCUCCUGCACACGCUGACCAACAGCAUCAGCACGGACACGAUCUUCUCGAUGACUUUCUUCGUGCUAGUGUUACAUCUGAUCUUCUUUGACUAUGGUAUCUCCGCGGCUCUGGUGUCGAAAGCAAUUUCCUUGAAUGCGGCCAUCUUCGGAUCGAUAUGCUUGGCAUCGCGGCUUUCGUCGGCGCUGCACGCCUUCGUGCUCCUGGAGGUUGCUGCCGUAUUCUUCGCCCUGGGGCCGUUUCUUGUUAGUAAGCUCAACAGCAUUUACUUUCUCGUGCUAUCCAUGGGUGUCUGCUGCUACUUUCUACAUUCCAUCUCGCAUAUUAUACUCUACACCUACGUGUGCACCUUGGCAUUCGUAAAUUUGUUUUGUCCGUGGCUUUUUCUCCGACUGCAAAAGUAUAAAAAUAACAUAAACGGGCCAUGGGAUGAAGCUGUUGUCCUUGAAGAACAUGUUACGUAGAUGGAAGAACAAUUCCUUUCGCUGCAAACCAAAUUCUCUAGUCUGAAGACAUGUACGUAACCUGCGAAUAGUAAUAUAAUUUAAGAUAAUUAAAACGCCUA